AUGAGAUUUAAUGCCGUAUUUAUCUUGGCAGUGUCUGCUAUUUUAACACGAGUUUCCGGCCAUGGAGCCGAAGAACCAGACAUAAUAGCCAAUACUCUCGAGAACAAAUACCUUUGGCGAUGUUUGGACGCUGCAAGUGAGCCCAUGUAUGUGAAAAUAUGCGAUGUACAUCAACAUAGCAAAACACAAAUGAGCUUCUCGUUGAGUUUUGUCCAUCAAAGUUAUGAACAUUGUAUGCAUCCGAUUAUUAUAUAUGGACCAGGGAGAACCGUACUUUGGUGGGAUAAAGAUACAAAUACAGUACGAAUGAAUGCGAUACAUAAUCCAGAGAAUUCGGGAUGGUGUUGGGAUGAUUCGUAUUAUGAGGAUUCUUUUACUCUCCACCCUUACAAUCAUAUGGACAAAUGCCUAGCUGCACCCGUGAAAGACGGCGACCCAGUAACUGUUCUACUUUGUUCUGAAAGCAGUCAAAAGGUCGCCUGGUCAUUUUUAAGAUCGAGGCCCAAGCCCUCUAGGACAACCAAAGCUUCAUCCUCUACUACUGAGGAUGCGGCCACUAUUUAUUGGGGCAUUCCCAACCCGAACAUGAAAUGGUCCAGCGUUCCUAUAUACAUAUACGAUCCAUCUUGGAAUCUAGUGUCUUACUUUCCAACAAAAAAGGAAGCAGCAAAUUUUCUAAAACCAGGAUCAACAAAGCUGACUGCCGUUUUCGUAGACUCACCACGACUGUAUAAAAGCAUGUAUUACAUAAGAACAAAACCAUACUCCGAGACUCCCGACGCUUCAAUAGAUACAAUAGAUACAAUAGAUACAACCGCACAAAAUGACCCGGCUUUGGAUAAAGGAAAAAACAAACAACCGGUAGAAUCUCUUCCAUCCGAAUCUACUACCACAGUCACUGACGACAAAGACCAAAACAAGCUCGGAGAUGACCCCGAUUCGCCAUCGCCAGAGCUUUUGGAGGCAAUAAAUAUGUUUGCAUUCGAUCACUAUCAAAAACGCGAUAUGCAAGAGAUUUUGUGUCGGAUGGAUGGCCCAGCACUAUACACUAUGGGCGUGCUUAUUCAGGAGCAGCUUCGUCAGUUGACACGACCAGAAUGA